CAUCAAUAAUGGGAUUAAAGGAGCGAGUCACAGACAGACGCGGCAGAGUGAGACAGUUUGCUUGUGACUGGGAAGCAAAGCAUCUGGACGUCCAGGAGAAAUGACUCUUCAGGCUACAAGCGUCCCUGACUUCAGCACCACAGCAUUUUAUGCAGACCAGAAUCAGACCAAUGAUACGAGCUGUCCUGAGCCAGAGGCCUGGGGGUGGAUCGUGCUCCACGUGCCGGCGUACAUUCUGACCAUCAGCGUACUGGGAAUGAUCUUCAACCUCUUUGUUCUGCUGGUGUUCUGCCUCCACAAGAAGCCCUGCACCGUGGCUGAGAUCUACCUGAGCAGCCUGGUUGCUGCAGAUCUGGUUCUGGUGUCCUGUCUGCCUUUCUGGGCCAUCAACAUUUCCAACAACUACGACUGGCCUUUUGGACGGUUUAUGUGUAAAACUGUCAAUGUGGGCAUCAAAAUAAACAUCUACUGCAGCAUCUACUUCCUGGUUCUGGUGGGCAUGGAUCGGUACGUAGCACUGGUUCAUGCUAUGUCACACGGAAGAAUGCGACGUCCCAAAUACGCCAAACUGGGCUGCCUGCUGACGUGGGGGUUUGGCCUGGUGAUGAGCAUCCCAGAGUUGCUGUUUAGGGAGGUCAGAUAUUUCACUGAGUACGACAUCCACGCCUGCUACCUGGACUACCCCAAAUUCACUCUGCAGAUAUUCUACGAAGUGAUGCAAUCCAUCCUCAUCUUCAUCGUUCCUACUGCAGUCCUUCUGUUCUGCACCGUGAGGAUUAUCCGCGCUCUGAGCCAACAGUCGAUAGAAAGGUUCAACGCUGAGAGGACGGAGAAGAAGGCCACCAUCCUGGUGCUGGUGGUGCUCCUGGCCUUCCUGGUAUGCUGGGUGCCCUUCCACAUCGUCACCAUCUUCAGCAUCCUGGUGGACACAGAAGUUCUUGAGGAAUGUAGCAUCACCUCCGCCGUGGACAUCUGCCACCAGAUCUUCACCUACUUAGGCUUCUUCAACAGCGUCCUCAACCCUGUGCUGUACGUCAUCGUCGGGAAGAACUUCAGGAAAAAAGUCCGGGAACUCAUGAAACAGUGGGGCGUCAAGAGAACGAUGACGUCCGAGUCCACGCGCUCCAACUUAUCGUCCACUCUCAAGACGUUGGUCUGAAACAUCUGCCAAGCAGCAGAGUUAUGAAGGACAGCUAUAGAGAUGGAAACCAGGUCGUCUGCGUGUGUGUCGCAGUUAACGCAGAUAUGCCCCGCCCCCCACAGACACUCUGCUGCACCUCUCCAAUAUUGUAGCUGAGCGCAGACAGGAAGCCUCUGAUUGGUCAAUUCUACAUCCGCUCUAACUGCGUAUUUCCUGUUUGGUUCCUAAUGGCAGAAACUUCAGCUGUAGCGCCGUCCAUAACGCCUGGCUCACCUCGGACUCUAUCCCAGACACCGUGCAGGGCGCUAGUUUGUAGCUCUGAGCGACGGUCUGUUGGUUUGCACCCGAAGCCAAAACACGCAGCGCCACGGCCGGUCUUUGGGGAACACUCACGGGUGAACUGUGAGUCGUCCGGCGUUGGAUGAGGGGUUGUAGACGACGAACAAGCUCGCCAAACCGACACACGGACGCCCACAAUCCUAGCUAGUUCCUGAUUGGCCCUCUAGCUUUGUGGCGUGGAAUAAAAUAGCGCAGACCGCCCUUCAAUAUUUAGCAUAAAUCAAAAAUAUCUGCGUCAUUCCUGCGACACACUGCUGCUGGAGGAUAACCAGCCCUUAAUGCCUUUAGCUUCACUGGAAAAAAUAUCUCAUUAACCUUCUCAAAUUAAGGGUAAAUAUACUUCAUUUAAGACAUUUUUUCCUUAUUUCUAUUAUAAAUUCUGUUAUUCUGUUAUAAACUAGAAGCUUUGCUAUGCUGCAGUUAUUUACUGGCAAACAAACAUGUCAAUGUUGUGAUAUUUGUGUCAUGUGAGUAGUUUCUGUGAAAUAAUGUCUGUAAAUAUCAUUUCAACUUAAGUUAAUAGUUACUAAGAAGAAAUAAAAGACAUAAAAUGUUUUCCAGACUGACGACGAAGUAAAUAAAAAACCUCAUAAUCUAAA